AUGGCGUCGUAUGUAGAUGCACAUUGCCAUGUUACAACAAGCACUAAAACCAAUGCAAAUCCCAUCAGCUUGUCGGAUUUGCCAGUGGUGCGAUGUGUGAUGUCCAACAACAGUUACGACUGGCAAAAAAUCAAGAAUCUCAAAGACAGCGACCCCAGAACUAAGGUUGGAUUUGGUGUGCACCCUUGGUAUAGCCACUUGUACUACAUAGCGGACCAAGGCCACCCGCCCUCGAAAGACGCCCAUUACAGAUCCGUGCUUCAAUGCUCAGACACCUCAGAACUCGAGCAAAUCAUUUGCAGGUUGCCAGAGCCCGUGAGUCUGUCCGAUUACAUCCACACGGAGUUCGAAAUCGCGAGCUGCGACUGCAUCGGCGAGAUCGGUCUGGAUAAGCUGUUCAGACUGCCUGAAAACGGGUUUUACCAGGGCGAUGACCACGCGCCCCUAAGCCGUGUCAAGGUGAGCGUGGAACAUCAGGCACAAAUUUUCAUUCAAAUGUGCCGUUUGGCCACCAUCCACUCCCUGCCAGUUUCGAUUCAUAGCGUCAAGUGCCCGAGUCUCGUUUUCGACCUUUGCCAAGAACACUUACUGCCACACAGCAACGUCAAUGUCUGUUUGCAUUCGUUCACGGGCUCUCUAGAGACGCUUACGGGGGUGUGGCUCAAAAAAUUCCCACACGAACGACUGUUUCUCAGUCUGUCAAGCUACAUCAACUUCAAGAACCUCGAUUCAGCUGCCAAACUGGUCCAAGCGCUGCCACCACACUGCAUCCUGGCAGAAACCGAUUUCACCUGGGACACCGCGGAUGACGACACUAUCAUUCGGGAGUUGGACUUCGUGCUCUCGCAGAUCGCUCUUCACCAAAAGCUACAGUCCAAGCAAGAGGCCAAAGAGCUUAUAUACACUAACUAUCAGCGGUUUAUAUUGUGA